ACUAUAUAGUUACAUAUUGAUUAUCUACGUUUCUUCCUGUUCUUCAUAGUGUGUCUCUCUCUCUAGUUUUCUCUCUCUCAUAAACACACACCUACACACAUAGUAGUUGACAAUAUAUUCAAAGUAAUAUAUCCAUCCAUGAGGAAACCUAGUCAUGUUAAGCAAUUAGACACAAACAAAGGAGCAUGGUCGAAGCAUGAAGACCAGAAGCUCAUUGAUUAUAUCCAAAAGCAUGGUGAGGGUAACUGGCGCCUGCUCCCUCAGGCUGCAGGAUUGCUUCGUUGUGGCAAAAGUUGCCGGUUGAGAUGGAUGAACUAUCUGAGACCAGACCUAAAAAGAGGCAACUUUGCUGAAGAUGAAGAUGACCUUAUCAUCAAGCUCCAUGCUCUCCUAGGAAACAGGUGGUCACUUAUAGCUGGAAGAUUGCCGGGGCGAACCGACAACGAGGUGAAAAAUUACUGGAAUUCUCACCUAAGGAGAAAGCUAAUAAGAAAUGGGAUUGAUCCUGAUAACCAUUCCUUGAAGCAACAUCUCCAACCAGUUGCAUCACAUGAAAAUUCAAAAGACAAAUCAUGUGCAACCGCGACUCUUGAAGAAGAGAAAACAUGUAAUGGAUUGCCCGAUUUGAACCUUGAUCUUGGCUUGUAGAUUCUCAUAUAUGGAAGAGAGGCUGAGAAACGCGCAGUGUCUACUAAUUAUAACUAUAUAUAUAUGCAAAUGAAAUUGUCAAGGGCUGCUCAUCUGCUUGCCUUGCUUCUUCUAUAUUUUAGAUGAUUAGAGGCUUGGUUACAUGCAUAAUUACCUCCAGAUUCAUCAGUACUUUGUGCACAUAUAUAUAUAGUUACUGAUGAUUUCAAUAUGUGUGAGAAUUUCUAGUCACUAUUCUUAGGGCUUAGCUUUGUGACAUUGAUGAGGUCCCAAUUAAGGAAUGAAAUUGUGAGAGACAUCUAGUGCAUGGUCACAAAGUGAGACAUAAAUUUGCGAUGCAUGGUGCAGUCUUGUAACAGAAACUAUAUAUGAUUCUAUAUAAAGUGUGUUCGAUCUGUAAAUUGUAAAUUUUUAUGUUGAUAUUUGUAUCAGUUGUGAAACUAGAAGUGACGAUAUUUGUAUUGUCCUUGUGAACGUACUCUAAUGUUUGAAUUUAUAUAUAUUUUUUCUCGGAAA